AUGGGCCAUUGGGCCGUGGCCUCCUCUCGGGCCAUUCCCAGUCUCUGGGUAGUGUGGAGCGGCGUUGAGCCAAUGGGAUGGGGCCCCAGCCUGACCCGUGUCCAAGGAUCAAAGAGCCGUGAGCACAAUAUUAAAGUUGAUCGUUUUGCUGGGUUUGCCGCGCCCUUCAAGCUCCACCGUCUUGCUUGGAGUCUUGGUUUUAUCGACGGCUCUUCAGUUUCCUCUGAAAUCCCUCGAAAUCCAUUGCCAGACCGCCUUCCCCGGGCCUCUGUGCUGUCGAUUUCUCCUAAGGGAAAUAAUGAGCCACGAUAUGCUCCUUCGUUCUCUGUGUCCUUGGAUGGUGGAAGGGUAGAACAAAGACAGGCCUGGUUCCCAGCUAGCCAAGAUGGUGGUUGCGAGUCCGUGGGGGGUGUUGGGGGGAAUGGAUUGUUACCUGAAUACUAUCGUAUCCGUCUUGAGUUGAUUAUCGCAUCCAUGGACGAGGAUGAAACAUAUUCCCUCACCUCCAGCAUUCGCCGUUACGAAUAUUUUGGACAUCGAAGAUACCAUGCCUACCAUGCAGGUGAAUACUUUAUGCCGAACGAUGAGGAAGAACAAGAGCGCUUGGAUUUGAUGCACCACUUGUUCCUGCUCAGUUAUGAUGGCGAACUCUACCGUGCCCCAAUCCCAAAGACCGUUGGGCGCACUCUUGAUAUUGGAUGUGGUACAGGAAUUUGGGCGAUAGAUUUUGCCGAUGCACACCCCACGGCCAAAGUUAUCGGGUCUGAUCUUUCUGCCAUACAACCCGGCUAUAUCCCCGAAAAUCUGCAGUUCGAAGUCGAUGAUGCCGAGGAGGAUUGGCAGUACACCCAACCGUUUGACUUCAUCCAUAUUCGGGGAAUGGGCGGAGCGAUAGCAAAUUGGUCGCGGUUGUUAAAACAGGCAUAUGAUAAUUUGGCACCGGGGGGUUGGAUAGAGCUGGCUGAAUUCGAUGCUUGGGCGUCGACCGACGACAACAGCCUUCCCGAAUCUUCUGCGUAUAAUCAGUUCCAGACUCUCUUGGGAGAAGCGUCCGAAUCGUUCGGCAAACCGGUCAAUGUCGCAUGCAAGUUUAAGGAGUUUGUGCAAGAAGCGGGCUUCACGAACAUUGGGGAGGAUAACCGGAAAAUACCACUGUCGCCUUGGUCGUCAGACAAGAAAUUGAAAAAACUCGGGAAUUAUAUGCAGAUGGCCAUGUCGGAGUCUUUGGAGCCUUACGCCCUGGCUCUCUUUUCGAAGGUGUUGAACUGGGACAACAUCAUGAUACAGGCCUUGCUUGCUGGGGCAAGAAACGAUCUGAAGAAUAUAGACUACCAUAUGUACACCACAGUUCAUCGCGUAUUUGCUCAAAAGCCACUCUCUUGA